AUGGAAAAGCUUAUCCGUGAGAGAAAAUCACUUGAUCCACGGCUCAAGCGUGUGUCCGAUAUGGUGACAAAAUUAGAGCCAGAAACGGCUGAAGAAAUCGAGAUAGAAACAGAACUCGACGUUCUCGGUGGUAUUUGGAGUGCCUAUUGUUCAGUGCACAAAAGAAUUUUGGACGUGAGUGAUAACGACGAAUUGUACGAUGAUGCUGUGCAGCAUCAAUGCCGUGUAGAAAAGGUUUAUAUCGCGUUGAAAAAUCGGUUAUCAAAAGUGCUAAAAGCCAUGCCACUAACGGAUCUGAAACUGCCACGUAUGAAUUUGCCCGCGUUUAGUGGAAACUAUUUAGAAUGGCAGUCAUUCAUCGACCUCUUUAAGAGCAUGGUCGAUCAAAAUCCAUCGCUGAAGGAUAGUCAGAAAUCAUACUUCCUCAAAACCAAUCUCACCGGUGAGGCUGCAUCGCUCAUUUCUCAUCUUAAGAUUGAAGAUGUAAAUUACGGUCUAGCUUUGCAAAAGCUCCAAUCACGCCACGACAAACCACUCGAGAUAGCUCACAAACACAUCGAACGCUUUCUCAAUCAACCAGCCCUGACAUCACCGUCUGCUCAUGGAUUGCGUUCGCUUCACGACGUCUCCGACGAGGUUGUUCGAGCCCUCCAAGCCAUGCAAAGGGAGGACCGCGAUACUUGGUUAUUAUUCAUCCUCAUUCAGAAAUUGGAUCACGAAACCAAGCAGCUUUGGUACCAGAAAGUUGCUGACAUGCCUGAAGCAAACAUAACCCUGGAGAUGUUUCUCUCUUUCAUCGAUUCGCAUAGUUUCGCUCUGCAAUCUGCGCAACCUGUAAAGCCGCGAACAAUAGUAUCCAAGCCACCUGUGAAGCCACCGUAUAGAGGAGCAACAACAUUCGUUGCCACCAACAUUUCUUCAAAUUGCAACGUCUGUUCCAAAUCAGCUCAUCCGCUUUACCAGUGCGGUAAAUUUGUUCAUAUGAGCUCAGAGGAGAAGCUUUCCCUUAUCAACUCGCAAAUGCUGUGUCGCAAUUGCUUAAAAGAUCAUCGUGGCGAAUCGUGCAGAUCCGGGAAUUGUCGGAAAUGUGGCUUACUCCACCACACCCUGCUGCACGCUGCCCUCACGCCAACAUCGCAUGCUGUCCCCAAUAGUGGUAGUCUGGCCGCACAAUCACUGAUUUCGGCCCUCGAUGCUCCCACAGAUUUCGAUGCUUCCAACGUACUCCUCGCCACAGUGGCCAUCAACGUACUGGACAAGCAAGGACGGCCACAUGCAUGUCGCGCUGUGCUUGAUUGCGCAUCUCAAGUAAGUUUUAUCAGCCAGAGUUUUUGCAACGAACUUGGUCUCGAGUUGCAAGAAGCUGAUAUGAACCUUGAAGGUAUCUCGGCUACACCUGCGCAUGCAGACAAAUGCGUGUCAAUCGUCAUAACAUCCCGAUGCACGGACUAUCGCACCAUAGUUCCGUGUAUGGUGUUAGAAAGAAUCACUAAAACGCUUCCUGUUAAACCAGCGAACAUUGACGGUUGGCCCAUGCCGCAUUCAAUCAACCUAGCCGACCCAGUGUUUCACCGUCCAAGUAAAAUCAGCGUGCUCCUCGGCAUUGACUUAUUCUUCCAGUUGCUUGAGCCAGGAAAGAUCAUCCGGAGUCCUGAUGGCGGUCUACCAACCUUGCAGAACACCAAGCUAGGUUGGGUGGUUGCUGGUCGCUAUCGUGAACCCACCAUCUCACCAUACACGAAGUCUUCGACGUGUUUGUUGACCACCUCUGACGAUAUCCUCAUUCAACAGUUGCGUAGAUUUUGGGAGUUGGAGGAAUGCUGCACAUCUACGGCCCACUUCAGCGAGGAGGAAAAAUUGUGUGAAGAUCACUUUCACAAAUACACGACUCGUGACGACACUGGAAAAUUUAUUGUUCGCUUGCCCUUCCUUCAUCCCCCGAGUCAACUUGGAGACUCCAGACAAACGGCCGAAAUGCGUUUGUUUCAAAUCGAAAGGAAAUUGCAAAGAAACCCGCACCUGAAACAGGAAUACCAUGCAUUUCUUCGGGAAUAUUGUGAACUUGGUCACAUGACACUUGCCGAAGAAUCAUCUCCGAGAGUUACCGUAUACCUCCUCCAUCGCUGUGCGGUUAAGGAUAAGAGCUCCACCACGAAAUGUCGCGUCGUGUUUAAUGCCUCAGCCAAGACCACCAAGGCAAGUCAAUGA